CACAACACGUAGGACGUGAAAAAACAGACCAACGUCCGACGUGAACAUGUUCCGGUGUUCUCCGCUAAAAGCUCAGUGGAGUAGUCAGGCUCAUCGUCGGAUUGGACCUCGUCGAGCAACCAACUGAACACCACCAGCAGAACAGUCUUGACUCCGGGAACUCACCGGAACCAAACCCCACUGUUUAAAUAAUUCUAUAUUUGUUUUUAUUCACUAUUUAUUUUUAUUGGCUUACGCGCCAAUGCUAACUACCCUAGCUCGCGUAGCAGGUGAACUUAUGCCAUUCGACUGUGACCAAAUACUUGUCGCUGUCCUUCCUCUUCAUUUCUAGACAGCGAUAGAUAACGAAGGACAUUCGGACUUUUUCAGUGGCUGUCAACGCGAUCCCUCAUCUCGGCUGUUCUUAUUUAUUUAUUUUUUACCGUGUCGGGACGUCUUCUGGACUUGUUCCUGGCUUGAGGCGUUCGAGGUCACCCGCGCACUUGGGCUCUUUAUCAAAUCCCCCAGAGGGAAUGAAGAGCUUGCCGUACUUCUGCCGGGGAGAGGUCGUUCGGGGCUUCGGAAGAGGCAGCAAAGAACUGGGAAUACCGACCGCCAACUUCCCUGACUGUGUGGUGGAGCACCUGCCUGGUGACAUCGGCACGGGCAUCUACUACGGUUGGGCCUGCGUGGGAAACGGCGACGUGCACAAGAUGGUGAUGAGUAUUGGCUGGAACCCAUAUUACAAGAACACAAAGAAGUCCAUGGAGACUCAUGUGAUCCACAAGUUCAAAGAGGACUUCUACGGCGAGACCCUCAGCGUCGUCAUGGUGGGAUACAUCCGCCCGGAGAGAAGCUAUGACUCGCUCGAGGCGCUGAUCGCCGCCAUCAACGGCGACAUCUCGGAGGCCAAGGUGCAGCUGGAGAGGCCCGAGCACGUCAAGCUGCGGGAGGACAACUUCUUCAUCAGCCAUUCCACCUCCACUUCAGCCGCCUCCUCCUCAAAGACUUUCAUCAACGGCCACUGACGCCAAGCGGCGCGCAUGGCCGGCCGGCCUGUUGCCGUGGCGACACCUGGGUGAAACCUCAUCGUUACUUUGAAUUGUUUUGUAGCGGCUGUCUUGUUUUCUGUCUUUGUGUACGCACACAUACACACACGUGUACAUUUGCGCAUGCAAAAACACAUUCAGUAAGCCAGUGUAGGAGCGUGUGUGUCAAGUGACGCUAUGCAGAAUGACCUUGGACAAAGAAAAGAUUGAAUCACUACAGGCUAACUCUGUUGUUUUGUUUCCUUCAUUUGGUUUUUCAAAUAAUCAGGAAUCUACUUGAAUGGUGGUCUUGGUAACCGUUUGACUCUUUAUUCCUUUCCUCGGUGCACAGUUGUCACACACUGACAUUACAACAAUGCGUUUGGAAAAGAUCUUUAAUAUCUUCAUAAUAUUUCAAUCCAAAUGAUCCAACUUGAUUCUUGUUAAGCAUCAACUUUAUCUUUGUAAUAUUCCACAUUUCUUGUAAAAAAAAAAAACAAAAAAAAAAAAACAAU